UUCUCCUUUAUAACUACGGUGAGGAAACGUCAGAGAACCUGGACGUGUGGGAAGUAUUUAGCCGUAUUUAAGUCCUGUGUGUGCUGCCGUGCCCGAGUCUAGGUCACCUGGUGGAGAACGAAGUCCCACAACAACACUUGAGACAUUCCACCGCUUAGAUAAACACGUCCAGGGCUGAAAAUGGUAUAUAUUCUUGGAGAUCGUCUGCAGUGUUGAGGAGAAACCACUACUUUACAGCUCAAGGAAAGGAACAGAAAGCUAGUGUAGCAAUGGCUAAGAGCAUCACCAAGGAGGGGGACGCCUUGGAUGGUCUGGAGGGUGACAUGGGGGCUCUCCACACCUCUGAGAAUUACAUCAUUGUUGACAUCGGAGCAAACCUCACCAACAAGAAGUUCACCAGGGACCUAGACUCUGUGGUGGGCAGAGCUCGAGAUGCAGGAGUUCACAAGAUCAUGGUAACGGGCACGACAGUACAGAGCAGCAAGGAAGCACUUCGCCUGACUCGCCUCUUCCCAGAAACUCUGUACUCAACUGCAGGUGUACACCCUCAUGAAGCAAAGUCUUGGGAUGAGGAAACAGAAGAGGCUCUUCGAGAAAUACUGGCCAACCAUGAAGUGGUGGCUGUGGGCGAGUGUGGACUGGACUUUAACCGAAACUUUUCCCCUCAAGAAACUCAGCUGGAGGUCUUCCAUAAACAGGUCUCUCUGGCCUGUAGCUUGAAGAAGCCCCUCUUUAUACACGAACGAGAUGCCCACAAUGAGGUGCUGGAGGUGCUUAGGAAGUACAAGGAUCGUCUUCCUCCUGUUGUGAUCCACUGUUUCACUGGAGAUGCUACCCAGGCUGCUGCAUACCUCAAGGAAGGCUGUUAUAUUGGCCUUACAGGUUAUGUAUGGAAAGAUAAGUCUGAGGAUGGUGUGCGACGAAUUUUGGAAGAUGGCAUAGUUCCCUUGGACCGACUCUUGGUGGAGACUGAUUCUCCUUUCAUGUAUCCCAACACAAGAGCAUCUAAACUUCCUCCUUAUGUCAAAGAAGCCCUCACAGAAAGAUCUUUGACGUUUCUUCACCGUUACUGCACCUUCCAACGAAAUGAACCGUGCUCCCUGCCGGUAACCAUCGAGAUGAUUGCUGCCUACAUGAAGAAGAAGUCUGAUCAGGUAGCUCUUCAAACAACAUUUAAUGCCUUAAAAGUAUUUGGCUUAACCACUUGAAUUAAGUGCACUUAAAAUCAUUGGGAUGUUGUCAAGUGAAGAUUAGUGUCAGUCAGUAUAUAAUUUAUUGUCAUUUAAAAAAAAAUUGAAUUAUUAAAAUCUUAUUUCCUUUAAUCUUAUGUAUUUUUUAUGUGAACACAUCUUCUGUAGUCAUAAUACAGAAUUCUGUUCAGGGGUUUGGUUUUCUCCAUUAGAAUCAUGACAGGCUGUAGGUGGGCAGUGCUGUUGAUGUUAUGCUGCUUUAGAGAUUUAUACAUGUAACCAACUUAUGACAAGUCAGUAGCAAAAUGUUUAGUGUGUGCUUUAUUUUUUUUUUUCUACUGGAUUUGUUGAAAAAAUACUUUGGCAGACAACUCAAGCUAGUGAAAGAUUAAUAUUGUGUUUUCAUUAAAGUAAUAUGGUUUUUAAUAUUGUGUUUUCAUUAAAGUAAUAUGGUUUUUGAGUGGGAAAAUCAUACCUGUAUGUACGUGGUGCUUCCUAGAGCGUGUGAUGAGUUGUCAAGUAUUGCAGCAAAUGGCCAACAAGUCUUGCCCUGUGAGGGAGUAAUAGAAUAAGAUGGUGUUAGCCACUGAUAAAACCAUACAGUUCCUUACCACUAGUUAAUGUGCUAACAUGUUGCUUGAUGGCAGAUUAUAUAACCAAAUGAUAGUGAGUGUAGUUUGCAGAGGUUGUGGCUCAUGCAGCAAACCAGAAGGCUGAAGCCACACUCAGGAGUGUUUUGGCUCCACCUAGUGUGGUGCUUAUCAUACAGGUUUUGAAGGUUUGUGUCUGAUAUCUUUUUUUCUUUCAAUAUUUUACACUUGAAAUCUUAAUUUCUGAAAAUUAUUAGCUGUUAGCCACCCAGGUUGUAAUUUAGCCAUAAAUGUUUAAUUCAAGGUUUAUUACAAACUUAAAUAACAAUGAAGGAAAUGUUUCUUCCAAAGACACUUCCAGUGAAAUAUGUCAGACCAAUUCCCACUUCACAUCAAAUGUGAAGUUUGCAAAUAAUGUAUAAGAUGAGCUUUCAAAGACAUGCAUAAUAGCUCAUCAUAUGCUUUUUAGAUUAAAAGUGUGUCUUUGCAGUUGAAUUGCAGUGAAAUAAAUUGAUGUCAUUUUACUUCUACUUGAAAUAUGCAGAUUUAGUUCUAGUUUUUGAUGUAGCUACAAAAAAAUUGAUGGCAACAAUGAUAAUGAAACUCAGCCUUACAGAAUUCAUGUUUGUUGAAUGCAAACUUAACUCGGCUGCAUUAUCAUAUUUUCAACAUUUGGUGCAGAACAAACAACCUUUUGGAAUGUUUCUGAAAAUAUACCUAACCUUGGAUGAUAUCAAUCUUAUCAAUCAUCAAUAUCCAGACAUCAUAUAUCCUUUGUGGGAUGGCUCUGAUAGGGUUCUACAGGGCAGCAGCUGACCACCUCACAAGAGGAAAUUAUGAUGAUUGUGACCACAACAGACCCAAACAACAGGAAUUUGUGCUAUGGUUGUAUUAACAACUGGUGCUCAAUGGGUCAUUGGGUUGAGAUACUUCUAUGUCCUGAACCAGAGCUAUCCACUUGCACCAAGGCUGCCUACAACUAGGUCCACAAGGAGUAAAGUGCCAAUGAAGUCUCUAUAAUCCAAUCCAUAAUAAACAGGCCAUCUUGAUAAUCUUUACUAAAGUCAUUUACAAGGGUUCAUAACCUUCCCAAGAGCCCAAAGAUAUAACUGCUCUACCAUCCAGAGUUCUUUAGUGUUUGCCUCCUUGUCAAAGAAUUUUCUCUAAAACUAAUUCAUUGAUUGAAGAAACAAGGUAUAGAAAUGUGAAGAAUCGUGUCAUUUCCGAUACUUCAUAUCCAACUUUAUCACCCUCAUAUGCUGUAGGAAAGGGCUGUGUCCCACAAUACACAUUUCUCAAUAAUUGAAAGUUCAUUAUGCAACUUUAUUCACUCAACAUGACUUGAUAGCAUCCACCAAAAGCAGCUGCCCAAGCUAUCUUGCAUCCUUUGAGAAGAUGCUAAAACUGUGGUGCCCUCACUCUUCCUACCGAAAUUCUGUUGUGGAAAUUUAAUUAUGUUUAGAUGGGCCUCCAUUUUAAGUCAUUAUCCUCAUACUUGAUACCAACAUAAUUGGCAACUCUAGUCAAUUCAAGACAAGUAUUUUUUUCCUUCACUUCAUGCAGUGACAAAAUAACAGCAAGCUGUUGUGGUGCAUCAUGGUGUGAGGCUAGUGGUGCGUGUUCCAUCUUGAGAGACAAGGAGACCCUCAACCUAGAGCCACGUCAAGGCAGUAUUUCAGACAGGUUUUUUUUUAUUAUUUUUUUUUUCAUUGUUAGACUACAAUAUAAAUAUUUAUUUGUUACAAUUAUUGAUAAGGUUUAUGUUUUCACCACUGAAACAAGUAAAUGGAGAAUUGUUAAAUUUUAUAGGAUAUUAUGAGUAACUACACUGACCUUAUGAGCUUUGGAAUUUCUAUGAAAUAUGGAUUUAAUUCAGAAGUGGCCUUUGUACACUAGUUUAAUUAUAAGAUUAUAUAUAUAUAUAUAUAUAUAUAUAUAUAUAUAUAUAUAUAUAUAUAUAUAUAUAUAUAUAUAUAUAUAUAUAUAUAUCAAUGUUAGCUUCACACAUCAAUGAAUGCAACAAAUGUGAUAAUGAUGGUGCUUUGUGUUGGUUUUCACUGCACUGGAUAAAUUGAUAAGUUGAUAUCACAGUGCCUUGAGAAAAUUUUUUAGCAGUAUUACAAUUAAGAGCUUUGUACUGUACAGGUGAUUGUAAAUAAUUUGUAUUGAACUAUAUUUGAAAAAGCCUCGAUUCAAAAUUAUCUUUAGGUUUCAUUUUUCCGAUAGUUAUGGUAUUUGUGCAUUUGAAGGGUUACUCCUUUUUGAAACCCAACUCUAGUCCUUGUUUACCUAAGAUAUUUUUUAUAUCUCUCAGCAUCAGAAGACUCUUCAUGUGUUGUUGAGUGUCUCAGUGUUAUCCAGCUUUCUCUUGUCUCCUGUCUGUGCCUCGCCCAAGGCUCCAGACACUCCACUUGGGUAGGUUUUGGGAGGUUCAACUUAACAAUGCACUUAAGCAUCUCCUAAUAAUUUCCUUCCACUGAUACAUGACACUUUUUAUAUCAUUUUUAUUUUUAUGCAAUGACCUGCCAUUCCAUGUUUUGUGCACUUGUGUUUGUGUAAAAUGUCGCCAUGUGUGUUUAUUUGAUCUGUUUUAGGGGAGUAGAUGAACCAUAUUUAUGUAUUUAAUGCAUCUACUGUUUCUAUUUAUUUUCUAAUACAUUUUUUUUAUCGUUUUUGUCCUUGCUUCAAGCGCAAUGACACUAUCAGAUGCUUAAGAAGUGCUAGAUCACCAUUUUGUUCAAAAAGAAAAAAAAAAAAAUCUCAAACUUGAUAAAUUGGUGAAAACUGAAUCUUGCUUUUAUUUCUGAGGAAAGCAUGUAAUGUUCUAGAGUCUAGACUAUGAUGAACCAUUCAAGAUUUAUUGGAAAUUACCUUUAUUCCAGAUGUCUGGAUUCCAGUUGUGAAGGGGUUCAUUGCAUUGUACAUGAUUGUGAACCUUUUCUGUAAAUAAAAUGUGUAUUUUUA